GAACGCUUCCCUGCCGGCGGACCGCCUCAGUAUGUCUCCAAGAGCGCGCUCAGCCACAUCAGGACUCUGUGCUCAGGGUUAGUGUCAGGCGGAGCUGUGGGGACUCUGCUGGAGGAGCUCAUCUCUCUGGGUUACAACUCUCAUUUUCUAACAAAGCUUUCUUUUUCUCCACUGUGACUUUUCAGUUUCUCCAGGCAACAUAAAGGGCACCUGUCGCGAUUCAGGUUUCCGCGAUGAGAGGACGAUGGAGCCCAUAUUUCACGUCCGUGUUGAUGCCUUUGAUCAUUCUGUGGCAGACACGGUCCGGAGUAGAUUCCAAUUCAACACGUAACGUCAAAGACAUCACAACGUUCACCAAGAUCCUGGACAGUCUACUGGAUGGAUACGACAACCGACUGAGACCCAGCCUGGGAGACCGAGUAACGGAAGUGAAGACUGACAUCUAUGUAACCAGUUUCGGUCCAGUUUCUGACACCGAUAUGGAGUACACGGUUGAUGUUUUCUUCCGCCAGAGUUGGAAGGAUGAGCGAUUAAAGUUCCACGGACCGAUGAACAUUCUUCCUCUCAACAACCUGAUGGCCAGUAAGAUCUGGACACCUGACACGUUCUUCCACAACGGCAAGAAAUCAGUCGCCCACAACAUGACCAUGCCCAACAAGCUGCUGAGGAUCAUGGAGGACGGAACCUUGCUCUACACUAUGAGGUUAACGGUUCAAGCUGAGUGCCCCAUGCACCUUGAGGACUUCCCAAUGGAUUCCCACUCGUGUCCUCUGAAGUUUGGCAGCUACGCCUACACUAAGACAGAGGUGACUUAUAUCUGGACCCGCAAUGCCUCCCAGUCCGUGGACGUGGCAGCUGAUGGAUCCAGACUCAACCAGUACGACUUGGUGGGCCAGACGGUGGGGAAGGAGACCAUUAAAUCUAGCACUGGUGAAUACACGGUGAUGACAGCGCACUUCCAUCUGAAGAGGAAGAUCGGAUACUUUGUUAUCCAGACGUAUCUGCCCUGCAUCAUGACCGUCAUCCUCUCUCAGGUCUCCUUCUGGCUCAACAGAGAGUCGGUGCCAGCCAGAACUGUUUUUGGUGUAACUACAGUCCUCACAAUGACAACCCUGAGUAUCAGUGCCCGUAACUCACUGCCAAAAGUGGCCUAUGCUACAGCCAUGGACUGGUUCAUCGCCGUCUGCUACGCCUUCGUCUUCUCUGCACUUAUUGAAUUUGCUACCGUCAACUACUUCACCAAGCGAGGCUGGGCCUGGGACGGGAAGAGCGUCGUCAAUGACAAGAAAAAGGAGGCAGCAGUGAUGAAGAAGAACAACGCCUAUGCUGUAGCUGUGGCUAACUACGCUCCAAACAUCACGAAAGACUCCACGCUGCCCACCAUCUCCAAGUGCGGUCUGACCGAUAACAACAAGACUGCAGGGGAGAAAAAGCCUGAGCACAACAAGAAAACCUUCAACAGCGUCAGCAAGAUCGACCGCAUCUCCCGCAUCAUGUUCCCCGUGCUGUUUUCAAGCUUUAACCUGGUCUACUGGGCCACCUACCUGAACAGAGAACCAGUCAUUAAAGACAUGGACCCUGCCAAAUGAAUAGUACAGGACUCACAACAAACUCGCCAAUUCAGGACUUAUUCUGUUGGUAUUCAUUUGACAUGUAUAGUGUACAUCCAUAGAGAAUUGUGUUCUCUCUUGCCUUACUGAUUUUUGGAUCGAAGCAGGUGACAUCAUAACUGGGUUACAAUAAACCUGAGAGAUCACACAGGAGUAAGCCAGGCAUCUCUACCAGGUUAUAGUCAGGAUACAUUUAGUUCCAGAUACCCAAACAGAAAGGAAUGGAAACGUAUGCUUCCUCUUGGAUCUCAAUAAAACCAUACAUUGCGAUAAAAAAAGACAUUUCCUCCGAAUUAUGGUUUCCAAAUGUGAUGUUUAUGAAAGGUUAUGGUAACAUCAGAAAACAAUACUGCAAAAACUAGAGAAAAAACAGCGUUUAAAGGUGCAGUAAUCAGAAUCUUUAUAUUUCCAAUGGAUCAAACUCAUAGAGAUUGAACUAGAUCAAGAACUAGAACAAAUAUUUUUCACUAACUCUCUUUACUCAGCAGCAACUGUUUGUGAAAAAGCUCUGAUAAAGCCACUGUACUGUUUUCUGCUCUACAGCAAACAGCAGACACAGUGAAAGACUAGCAUGACAACGUUAUUAGCAUUAAACAACGAAAGACAGUAAGAGACUAUCUGGGGGACAUAGUUAGCAUUUGGCAGCUAACGACACAGUAAGAGACUUAGCGGCUGAAGAGACACAUUUCUUUCAGAAUUGGAGACUUAACAGAGUUAACCAAAAAAUAAUAUUGGACCAUUAUUCAUAAUAACAUUUAUGCCUACUAUAUAGGAAAUAUUUUGCCAACAUAUUUGUCAGGUCCCAAAAUGUAUAUGGUUGUGGUAUGCACUUGCACUAUUGGUUAACGCUCCAAGACACUGUGCAUGAUAGACUAAGGGGCGGGACAUCUCUAAGCUGUUGACCAAUCACAACAGAUCCCGCCAGCUAACCAAUCAGAGCAGACUGGGCUCUGGUUUCAGACAGAGGGUGAAAAGAGGUGCUGCAGCACAGGCAGUAUGAGAAAAAUAAAGAGAUUUUUGAACAUUAAAGCAUGGAGACAUGUCCCAGGAGAGGCAUUAAAUACUGAUAUGAAACUGAAAAUGAGCAGGAGAGGCCCCUUUUACAUAUUUAACAUGGAAAAUCAGCAAUUUAUUAUCCAAGGAUCCUUUCUUCAUUAUUGUGUGAUGAUGUUCUGAUGGAUAAUGGAAGCCAUAGUUACAAGAAAAUGUCUCUUGAGUUUAUUUAUCAUCCCCAUGUCAAUUAAUUUGGAAUCUUAACAGUUUUUUCAUUAAAGAACUUCAUUAGGCAGUGGGGAGUUAAGAAACAUUAGGUCAGCACAAAACAUCAACCAUCCCCUCCAAUGAUUUCUGAUUGCUUCUCAGUCUCUUUGUUUAUACGCAACUUUUAUAUCUGUUCUAUUAACAUGAAUACCACAUCAGACAAUUUGCUGGGAACUUAUUUAACACCGCGGCUUCACCACAGUCACACCCAGGGCUGCACGGUGCUCUGUACCUCUGUAUCUGGCUCACUCUGUAGCUUCUGUACAGCUCUGUAGACUGUGUCACACUGUGGAAGAUGAUUAUGACUGUAAAUGUGUGAGAAUGCAUGUAGAAAUAUAAAAUUGAUAUACAAUGUAGCAGAAAAAAGGGACCAACACAAAUUGAAUAGCCUCAACCUCGGAAAAAGAAACUGUCGAUUAAACUGCAUUCAUUAAAUGUUUUCGUUUUUUUAUGUGUAAACGUUUUUGAAAUAUUUAUAUUUAUACGUAUAUAAACUCUGUGCUUUGUUUAACACACUUUUCAAAUCUAUAUAUUUUAGAUGAGAAUUGUUCCAGAAAUGAUUAUGUUUUAGAUGUCGAAGUAAUAAAGCUCUUCCUGAUUCCCUUGACCAAUAAUAUAUGCUUGUAAUAUUCACCGAGAACAAAUCUGUGUCAUUCUGUUUUUAGCUGGGCAAAACGAAAAUGUUCCUUAAAAGCUAACGUGUGAAAACUAAAAGAUAAAACCCUUGCAGGGAUAUCUAGUAUGAGUCCUAAAAUUCGGAAAUGAGCUAGCAUUUUAGCAUUUCCUGUUACGU